AUGGAUACAGAUAUUCUAGAGAAAGGAAAAAAUUCUGACUCCCAGAUGAAAAGUGGAUCACAGGAAAGUAACGUAACUGCUGUUCCUGAGAAACAUGAUGACCUAAGAGCAAGGCUAUAUCCAUGGGCUACACUGAAUGUUUCUGGUUGGACAACAUUCUUUGGAAACAGCAGCUACUUCUUCUCAAAUCAAAAAUUAAACUGGGCAGAGAGCAGGAACAGUUGCUUGCUUAUGCUGUCAGAUUUGGUGGUCAUCAACAAUGAAGCAGAACAGACGUUUUUAACAAACUCCACAUGUUUAUCAAAGGAACCUUACUGGAUUGGAUUUACAGAUCAGAAAGAGGAGAGUAAAUGGUGUUGGGUAGAUGACCAAUACUGCAAUGCAACUUGUUCAGAGUGA